ACCGUUUUGACGAAGCGAAGGGCCUAGGUCAGCGAACCAGCCAGCCCGUUUGUCAACCUAAUGCGCUACCCAAUUUGCCAGAACGUUUAGAUUUCUUUUUUUUCUUUUACUUCUACCUACUUACAACGUUUCGCGUGAUUUUUAUUUUCCCGAGUCCCAGUCUCUUGGGUUUUCCACCUCGGGGUUCCUUGUUUUUUCGUCGCCUUUGUUUUUUUAACCCCUUCUCAUAUUACAUUACCUGUUUAAAAGGCCUCGUUUUUGGUCCUUGGCGCUGCCGCCGCCGCUGGGAAACCCCGUGUGCCAAAACCGCUAGUCAUGGCUGCUUACCAGAGCCAACCGCUCGGUGGCAUGGACAAGCAGAAUGCGCUCGAGUCGCGAGCGCAUCGCCCUGGCUUUGCGGAUGAUGGCGAGAGCGAGGAGUAUCAUGAUUCCCUGAGGGGACACACGAGGGCGGAUCAGGCAGACAUGUUGCGCAUGGGCAAGGUGCAGGAGUUGAAGAGGAAUUAUCGGCCGUUGUCUGCAUUGGCUUUUACGGUCAUUUUACAGGGCACAUGGGAGGUUCUCCUAACUGCCACCUAUCAAGGUCUUGUUGAUGGAGGCCCAGCUGGCCUGAUCUGGAGCUUCGUAUGGACCUGGUUCGGCUUCAGCACCGUCAUGUUGUCACUGGCUGAGAUGGCAUCUAUGGCGCCAACAGCUGGUGGACAGUACCAUUGGGUUUCGGAGUUCUCACCUCCCAGCGUCCAGAAGCCAUUUAGCUACUUCAUCGGAUGGAUGUCGACUCUAUCGUGGCAAGCUGGUACCGCGUCCGGACCGUUUCUCGUGGGAACACUGAUCCAGUCCUCGGCCAUUGUCAUGUAUCCGGAUUACUCUCCUACCAACUGGCAAGGAACGCUCAUGGUCAUUGCCGUCACCCUCUUAGUCUGGGUACUGAACAUUUGGGGCUCCAAGUUCAUGCCCGUCUUCCAGAACAUCAUGUUGGUCAUCCACGUAUUCGGUUUCCUGGCCAUCAUCAUCGUCUUCUGGGUCUUGUCGCCACGAGCAACUGCCGAAGUGACAUUUACACACUUUACCAACGGUGGCGGCUGGAGUUCCACUGGUCUGGCACUCAUGGUAGGCCAACUAUCAGCCAUCUACGCUUGUAUCUGCUCCGACUCCGCAGCCCACAUGGCCGAAGAAAUCAAGGACGCAGGUAAAACCGUUCCCCGCGCCAUGAUUGGCGCCUACAUCAUGAACGGCGCCCUCGGCGUCGUCUUCCUCAUCAGCUACAUGUUCAUGAUCACCGACGUCCAAGCCGCCCUCGACGACGCAACCGGCUACCCGCACAUGUGGGUUUUCGCCCAAGCCGUCUCCACCGGCGGCGUCAUCGCCCUCAACGCCAUCCCCACCGUCCUCAUCUUCGCUGGAACUCUAACCUACAACCUCUCUACAUCCCGCCAGACCUGGGCUUUCGCUCGAGACCGCGGUCUCCCUUUUAGCAGCUGGAUCGGCCAUGUGGACCCGAAGCUCCAGGUCCCUGCAAAUGCGGUGACGGUCACGUGUGGUCUGACGAUUAUUCUGAGUUUUAUUAAUAUUGGCUCGGAUGUUGCUUUUAAUGCUAUCAUCUCCCUCAAUGUCGUCGCCCUAAUGAUAACCUACAUGUUCUCCAUCGGCGCCGUCCUCUACCGCCGCAUCGUGCAUCCAGAACUUCUUCCCUCAUGCCGCUGGUCCCUCGGUAAAUGGGGCGUCCCCGUCAAUAUCGGCGGCUUCUUGUAUUCCACUCACGCCUUCUUUUGGUGCUUCUGGCCUGAAUCUACGCCUGUGGAGCCUGAAUCGUUUAACUGGGCUGUUGUUAUGUUUGCGGCUGUUGCGGUAUUCAGUGGAGUGGAUUAUGCGGUCCGCGCGCGGAAACAGUACAAGGGGCCUGUUGUCCUGGUGGAUGGGUUUAAGGGGGAGUGACUCUUGGGAGGGUGGGGGAGAGAGGAGGACGGGGAUGAUGAUGAUGACGAUGAAGAGUAAAUAGGUUGCGCAGUAAUUUCAGAGGUAUAUAUUUUGCUUAUAAUUGCAGCUUUGGCUGCAUUGUUAUGAUUAGUUCAGAUUGUGUGGUUUCUGCAACAGGAAAGUAGAACUAGUCAGUAGUAAAAAGCUGCGUUU